GAAUGAACAUGGGCCCAGGUCCAAUGAUGGGACCUGGAGGCCCUAACAUGCCCCCAAUGCCACCAGGUGGGCCUAUGCCUCCUGGAGGUCCUAUGCCGCCUUUCAUGGGUGGCCCUCCUAACUACCCUAUGCCUCCUAAUUGGGGUCCUAAUGGACCAGGUGGACCCUGUGGUCCCGGUCCUAUGCCUCCUAACAUGUGUGGCCCUAAUGGUCCAAUGCCGCCAUUCUUUGGCCCACCCUUCCCCCAAAUGCGUCCUAACGGCCCCCUGGCCCCCUGGCCCGCCAGGCCCUCCUGGCCCUCCCAACUCCAUGAUGCCCCCAAAUUCAAUGAACAAUGGCAACAUGCCAUUCAUGGGUCGCCCUCCAUUCGGUCCCAAUGGCCCUAAUUUCAAUAAUGGCAAUGGCAACAUGCCAUUCAUGCCACCAAAUAUGAUGCCACCAAACAGCAUGCCGAACAAUCUGCCUUCUAGUAACAUGCCUCCUGGCAAUAUGCCUCCAAGUAGCAUAUCUUUACACAAUAUCCCUGAACCGAAACCUGUGGAUUCAAUGCCAGAGAUGAACCUGCAGAACAUUCCCCCGCCCCUGCCGCAGCUCAGUCACAUUCCGUCGCCCAAGGAUGAACCUGCAUCACCAACAAAUCAAGUUUCCUCUGCAGAUUGGCCGCCGUCGGUGCUCCGCGCUGCCACGGAGGUCGCCCGGAACGGCGACCACUGGGAAAAUGUCCUGAAGGCAAUUCACUCACAAGACCAAAAUAUGUGGUUCCUUCAUAAUACGAAUUGCAAGGAGUACAAGGAAUUCCGGGAGCUAGUGGAAAAGAUGCGGAAGGACAACCCGGAGAAGAAGCCGGAGGUCAAACCUGAGGAUGUGUAUGAGCCUGAGUUCUGCUUGGAUGAUGAUUAUGAUAGUGAUGAAGAUUACAAGUCCGCAGACAAGAAGUUUAGUUUCGGCGACCAAGACUCCCAAAAACCCUGGAACCAGUUCAACUUAGGCAGCUCGAUGAAACGCGAGGCGGCUAGCUCACAGAGCGACGACGAAACUGAGAUCAAGCGAGAACGGCGCAAGAAGAAGAAAUCUCGCUGGGGCGAUGAGCCUCCAGUAGCUGAUAUCAAGCCUCCAGGCGUAGUGGCGCCUUUGCCGCCUGGGAUGGCGCCUUUGCCGCCCGGUAUAGCGCCUUUAAGUAUGCCGCCGAUGCCGCCCGGUAUGCCACCGAUGCCGCCACUACCAGGAAUGAAGCUGGCAAAAGUAGAAGAGGACGGCUUAAAGCUCACAAAUGUGAACCGGGCCAACCCGGCCCUAAUGCAGUACGCCAUGACCAACUAUGGCACGAUGAACUUGAGCCCUGAGGACUGGAAGAAGUGUGAGGACAACUUCAAACUCAAUCUGCUGUUCCAGGAUAUGUUGAAAAAGAGGCAGGAAGUAGAACGCCUGGCGGCGUCAGGCAAGCACAAGUACGAAUACGACAGUGAUGAAGACACCGCGGAAGGAACAUGGGAACACAAGUUACGCGCAAAAGAAAUGUACGCGACGGAGAAGUGGGCCGACGAGCUCACAAAACAGGCAGCCGGGAAACAUCACAUUGGCGACUUCUUGCCCCCAGAAGAACUGAAAAGUAAAUUUAUGGAGAAAUAUUCAGCCGUGAAAACGGGCAAGGAACCAGACUUGAGCGACUACAAAGAGUUUAAACUGAAAGAGGAUAAUGUUGGUUUCAAAAUGUUGCAAAAGUUGGGUUGGACCGAGGGCCAGGGGCUCGGCGUGGAAGGCACUGGUAUCGUCGAUCCCAUCAACAAGGCCAACCAGCCGGUCGCAAACAUGGGUCUAGGCGCUGCCUCCUCCGACGGCGUGUCUCCUGAUGACGACGAGUUCGACGCCUACAGGAAGCGGAUGAUGCUCGCAUACCGGUUCCGACCCAACCCUUUGAAUAAUCCUCGGCGACCAUAUUAUUAAGAAAAUAGCUAUAUAUAUAACUUCGAAAAACUUAAACAGUUAUGUUACUGGUACGAAACUAAAAUAUAUCAAGUUCUGAUUACAGUAAACCUUAAUAUGUAUAAUAUUAUUUUCUAGUAAUUUUGUCUGUAAUUACCUAUAAUUUGAUCGUGUUCGUAUUAAAUAACAUCACCGAUUAGCUAGUGACUCAUGAAAUGAUAAAAGUACAAAAACAAUAUGUAUAUGUAUUAACUAUGUUAUACAAAUUAUUUAACCGACAGCCUAAGAAGAGGUUAUUUAAAUAUUUUGACAUGUAACACAGUCUUAGGCCGAUAUUACACUAUCGUAAAAAUAUGAUCAUAGACAACAUGCCGUGAAGGCAUACCUACAGACCUAUGAUCAUAUUUCUAUCUAGUGUAAUAUCGGCCUUAGCCCAGCCAAAUAUGUUGACUGAUUUUAAAGUGAGAAGCAACUAGAUUUUCGAUCUCAGUUGUGGGAGUAACGCGGGCUAUGCUGUUUCGUUUACUUAUUUUAAAGUAAUAAUUUUGUCUCAAUUCACGGGUGGUAGGUAGCUAUUUGUUAGAAAUUGCGUAAAUAAUAUUACUAUAGUUUAAGUAUUUGGGAUACUUCCAUGUAACUACAAGAAUGUAUUUGUCUGUAAGUACAAUUACUAAAGUUACUAGUAGUUAUUCUUUUGUUCGGAGCCAACUUGUAUGUGUAUUGUAUCUCUUAUUAUUUAGAAAUUUAGCUCCCAAAGUUGCUGUUACUUCAUCAUGGCAUCAUACUUACCGUAUGUAUAAAUAUUUAGCACAAUUUGUUGCAUACUUUAAUAAAAUAUAUACAUCAUA